AUGGGGCCCACAUCUCUCUCUCUCCCCUGCCCCUUCUUGAUCGCAGCCAAAGCAACAAUGGACGUUCUUCCUGCUUCAACCACUGCCCAACCACCAAUUGCAGCUGCUUUGCUCAGUAGAUUCGUGAGAGCCGGUGACGAGAUUCGACCAACAAAGGAGCACCGGUCUCGACGAAUCCCUCCCCUUUCUUCACGAUCUGCCUCACAAAACCACCCCAAUCAACCCCAUGCCCCCCGCUAUCACCAUGGAUCGAAGGCAAUAGCCCCAUUGUCUCCAUCCACUACCUGCUGUGUUGCCUCCGAUUUGCUCCACCCUCUCCCUCCCUUUGUGUUAUCUUCUAAUCAGACAAGGAAGUAA